AUAUAAUUCAAUAAUGUUAUGGUCUGGGACUAAAUUUUAUACCUUCCUUUUUGUAUGGUUACGGGGAAAGCCCCAUACUUUUAUUUUUGUUUAUUGUUCCAAUCCCAUGAACUUUCGUUUAUAAAUUCUUUCCCAGUAACAUUUCUAAUCGCAGCAAUGGUGGUUAGCCCUAGAAACAUAAGAAGUUUAAGAAAAUGCCAGCAAUACAACUGCCAGAAUGAAACACGCCAACUGAUAAAUCACUUCUCGACCGCCAUGCCCAUGGUUUCUCGGCCCAAGUGGGAACUCCAGUUAACGAACAACACAAUCAGGGCUUUGAUCCGAAGCGGCAGGCUUGAAGAUGCACGAAACAUGUUCGAUAAAUUAAAGCAGAGAGACAUUAUAACGUGGAAUUCUAUGAUCACGGGUUACACGCAACGCUUGGAAGUAGUGACUGCGCAGAACUUGUUUGAUCAAAUGCCUGAAAGAGACGUUGUCACAUGGAAUUUGAUGAUUUCGUGCUACAUGUCUAGCCGGGUGACUGAAUACAUAGAAUAUGCAAGAUACUUGUUUGAUCAAAUGCCCAGGAGAGAUGUCAUUUCCUGGAAUACGAUGAUAAGUGGUUAUGCCAAGAUUGGGCAAAUAGAUGAAGCAUUGAGGCUUUUUUAUUGUAUGCCUGAGAAGAAUGUGGUGUCUUGGAAUGCAGCUAUUUCCGGACUUUUGCAGAACGGUGAUGUGAGAGCUGCUAUUGAACUUUUCAAGAGAAUGCCAGAAAGAGAUGCAGCUUCUUUCAGUGUACUUGUUUCAGGAUUGAUUCAGAACGGGAAACUGGAUGCUGCUGCAAAUGUACUGUACGAUUUUCAGAAAAGUGGUGAUACAAGCAUUGAUCUGGUUUAUGCUUAUAACACCUUGAUUGUUGGGUAUGGUCAGAAGGGCAUGAUCAAAGAAGCUAGGCGCCUUUUUGAUCAAAUACCAUUUUAUACUUGCAAGGGUAGAAGGUUUGGAAGAAACACAGUAUCGUGGAAUUCAAUGAUCAUGUGCUAUGUAAAGGCUGGGUACAUAAAGUCUGCUAGGAAGCUUUUUAAUCUAAUGGUGGAAAAGGACACUUUUUCCUGGAACACGAUGAUUAGUGCUUAUGUCCACACCUCAAAUAUGAAAGAAGCUUCAAAGCUACUCACUAAAAUGCCAAAUCCAGAUUUAUAUUCAUGGAAUUUAAUAGUCUCAGGAUAUGCACAAGGAGGCAACUUGGGACUUGCUUAUAAAUAUUUCCAAAGGAUACCCAAGAAAACAUGUGUCUCCUGGAACUCUAUUAUAGCAGGAUAUGAGAAAAAUGCAGACUAUGAAGGCGCUAUAAGACUUUUCGUUCAGAUGCAACUGGAAAGAGUGAAACCUGAUAAGCACACAUUUUCUUCACUUCUAGGUGUGUGUGCAGAAACUAUAGAUCUACAUCUUGGUAUGCAGAUUCAUCAGUUGGUGACAAAAAGUGUUCUACCUGAUGUACCCCUAAACAACUCCCUCAUUACUAUGUAUGCCAAAUGUGGGGCUAUAGUGGAAGCAAGGUCCAUUUUUGACAAAAUGAAGUUUCGCAAAGAUGUAAUAUCUUGGAAUGCUAUGAUUGGAGGGUAUGCAGCACAUGGCUUGGCAAGAGAAGCAUUUGAGCUUUUUAACACAAUGAAGGAGCUUAAUGUGAAACCAACUUAUAUUACAUUUAUUGCAGUUCUUUCUUUAUGUGCUCAUGCAGGUCUGGUGGAAGAAGGCCGUUUCCAGUUCAAAUCCAUGGUCUAUGAAUUUGGUAUUGAACCAAGGUUGGAGCAUUUUGCGUCUCUAGUGGAUAUCGUAGCCCGUGAUGGUCGAAUUGAGGAAGCCAUGGGAAUAAUAAAGAAUAUGCCGAUUGAGCCAGAUAAGGUUGUGUGGGGAGCAUUAUUAGGUGCUUGCAGAGUGCAUAAUCAUCUUGAGUAUGCAAAAGCAGCAGCUGAAGUGUUAAUGGAGCUUGAACCAGAGAGCUCUGGCCCUUACUUACUGCUAUAUAGCAUGUAUAUUGAAGCUGGAAGAUUGGAUGAAGCAAAUGAAAUUAGGAUAAGAAGGGAUAGAAAUAGUGUGAAGAAACAAUCAGCGUACAGUAUGGUGAAUUCUAUCCAUCCUUAAUUAUCUAAUUGGCAGCUUUGUUGCAAUUACUACAUGUAGAAUGGAUGCCUGCACAUUUGACUAUGCCAUACAAGUAUUACAUGUGGAAUGGAUGCCUGCACAUUUGGCUAUACCAUCACGUUUCCCCAACAUUUGGUAACAACGUUGGGCUCCAGCUAGGCAGCUAGUCUACUCCCAAAAUGCUUGCAGACACUAAUUGGAAGUAGGGUUCAAACCAAACUGAAAACCGAAUCGAUAAAUCGGUGUUAAAGAAAACUCCAAAUUGAAAUUGAAACAACAUUUAAUCUGGAACUGAAAUUCUUGGAACAGUUUUGGGUUCAGAUCGGUUUAAACCAUUCAGAAGUUGGGGGAGUACUUUGCUUCACUCACGAAGCUCAAGCUGAUGUGGCUCAAUAAAAGCUUUCGGUCUCGGUCAACAUGACCAAUUGCAAAGAGGCUGAUAGGAAGAACAGAAGACUGGCAAGUGGCACAUUCCCAUGAACUGCUGGUUAGCGGAAGCAAAUAUAUAGGAAUUCAAAGAAAUAAAGUGUGCAUUGUAGGAAAAAAGAGCCGUCUUUUAUACAUCCCCAGAAAUGAUUGUUCGCUGCUUUCACAGUCCAAGAUAUUUGGGUACCAGUGUUGGGUAUAUUGUUCAUGUCCCAACUAUGCAAGUGUAAUCCAGUGACCUUAGAGUGCAAUGCCAAGAUCGAGCCUGUCUCUAUAUCCCACUGGACACUAGUAUUCCUUGACCCAUAUGGCCUUUUUAUGAAUAGUAGUUUUUUCACUUGUGUGUAGCACCAGGUAAUCAGUUUUCCUAUUGAGAUUUUUCUAUAAUAAUCUUAAUGGGUAGUUGAAUGACUAGUUUUGAUGAAAAGAUUGAAAACUACUAAAUAACCCCCCUUAUGUAUUGAAAGUACAACUAAACUCUGAUACUACAAAAUCACCCAAUCAAACCCUCAAAGUUGUAAA